AUGCGCGCUUCCACUUCCAUCGCUGUUGCUGCUCUCCUUGCUGCUCCCGCUUUCGCCGCACCGCUCGCUACCGAGGCUGCCAAUGUCAACCAAGAGCGUACCGAUGGUGGCGAGUCCCUUUUCGACCGCGCUGCUGAAGAACCCCGCGAUGAGGUGAACGGGGCCAAUCUUGUUCAACGGUUCCAUCCCUUCCGCCAUCAUCACCACCAUCACCAUGGUCACCACCACCAUGGUUCGAAGCCGAAGCACCAUGUACGUGACGGGCUUGCAGCACUUGAUGAGCGCGCCUUCGGAGAACGUGGAUAUGGUAGUCAGGCCAUCAAUGGUAUCGCUUCAGGUGUAGGAUCUGGCCUUGUGAAUGCUGGGGUAACUGGAAUCGAACAUUUGUUCAACCACCGUGACGAGCUCGCAGCACUCGAUGGGCCCGUUUUUGCAGAACGUGGGUAUGGUAGUCAGGCCAUCAAUGGUGUCGCUUCAGGUGUGGGAUCUGGCCUUGUUAAUGCUGGGGUAACCGGAAUCGAACAUUUGUUUAAUCACCGUGACGACCUCGCAGCACUCGACGGGCCCGCUUUUUCAAAACGUGGUUAUGGUAGUCAGGCCAUCAAUGGUGUCGCUUCAGGUGUGGGAUCUGGCCUCGUAAAUGCUGGGGUAACUGGAAUCGAGCAUUUGUUCAACCAUCGUGAUGAGCUCGCAGCACUCGAUGGGCGCGCUUUCGGAGAACGUGGGUAUGGUAGUCAGGCCAUUAAUGGUGUCGCCUCAGGUGUGGGAUCUGGCCUUGUGAAUGCUGGAGUAACUGGAAUCGAACAUUUGUUCAACCACCGUGACGAGCUCGCAGCGCUCAACGGGCGCGCUUUUGCGGAACGUGGAUAUGGUAGUCAGGCCAUCAAUGGUAUCGCUUCAGGUGUGGGAUCUGGCCUUGUGAAUGCUGGGGUAACUGGAAUCGAACAUUUGUUCAACCACCGUGACGAGCUCGACGGGCCCGCUUUCGGGGAACGUGGCGUUGGUAGUCAGGCCUUUAAUGGUUUCGCGUCAGGUGCGGGAUCUGCCCUCGUGAAUGCUGGGAUACAUGAGCUCGGACAUUUGUUCCGCCGUGACGAGCUCGCGGCACUCGGUGGGCGCGCCUUCGGGGAACGUGGCGUCGGUAGUCAGGCCGUCAAUGGUUUCGCUUCAGGCGUGGGAUCUGGCCUCGUGAAUGCUGGGAUAAAUGAGCUCGAACAUUUGUUCCGCCGUGACGAGCUUGCAGCACUCGAUGGGCCCGCUUUCGGGGAGCGUGGCGUUGGUAGUCAGGCCGUUAAUGGUUUCGCCUCAGGUGUGGGAUCUGGCCUCGUGAAUGCUGGAAUACAAGGGCUCGAGCAUUUAUUCCGCCGUGACGAGUGA